AGAGUAAAUCAAAACCUAAAAGUUUUUGGAACAUGCAUGAAUAAAAGGAAACUUUCUAACGUUCAAACAUCCUUAUCCAGUUAUCCAGUCACCGUUCAGUUCCCGCCGCACGAUCGCCCCAACCUCCUGGUCCUGGCUCCGGCUUCCGCCGCCGUCUCUCACCUCCGCUCCCCUUCCUUGCCCUGCCCCCCAUGGCGAAGGCCGCAGCCCGUACCCAAGGCCAGGCCGCCUCUCAUGUCCCCGCUCCCACUCCCACAUGGGCGCAGCGCGCGGAGGCCCUGACCCACAUCCUGACCCACCCGUCCCACGCGCCGUCGCUCCACUCGCAGCUCUUCGUCGCCUCCCGCGUCCCGUGCCCGCCGCGGGGUCUGGGCUCCACCACGUCGUACCCGCCAUUCCUCUGCCCCGGCGCCUCGCUCCUCCGCUGGGCUCUCGCCUCCGUCUUCCUCCCGCGCGUGGCGCGCCUCUGCCUCCCGCCCUCGUCCUGGCGGUCCCGGUGCCCCUUCCAGCUCCCGCCGCCGCUCGUGCCCUCCGCGGCCAUCGAGCCGGCGCCCGAGCGCUGGGCCGACGCCGAGCUCAGGGACUACGCGCGCCGGCGGCGGGCGCGGAGGGGCCCACUGACGGUGCGGCCGCCGGUGUCCGUGACGGGAGCGGUGCUCUGCACCGUGCCCAACGUCGUGAUCGUCGUGGCCUUCGUACGGGAGUACUUCUGGAUCGACAGGCCCAACCGCAUCUGAGGUGGCAUUUUGCAUGGUUUCCAUGCGCGCAGAAGCCAUUGUCUGAUGCUCUUUUGCUCUUGAUGUGAACUGGCAACCCCGAGUGUUUUCUCUUUUCUUUGUAUGGUGUAAUCGGCUGACCAAGACAGCUUCUUGACAUGUCUAUAAAAGCUGAGUUCUACCUCUGUCAAUCAAAAAAAAGAAGCCAUUGUCUGACAGUGUUGCAAAC